UAUUGCGUAUUGCUCCGUAUGAAACUAGUAACAAGAGUAAAAACCGAGAGAACACAUAUGGUUGCUUGGUUGGGAAUUCACUAGUCGGCACCCGCUGAAUCUCUGCAUUCUCAGAGCAAGAAAGAGCCUUAAAGUCCGAACAAGUCUACUCAUUUAAAAGAUGUUGAAUCAUUGGUCAAUCUUGUUGUUUAUGGUAAUUUCAUGCUGUAUUCGGGUUUCUUAUGCUAGUGCUGGUGAUGCCGAUCCACUUUACAGGUCUUGUGUGAAUCAGUGCAUAAGCAGUGGGUGUAUUGGUGAGAAAUGCUUUCCACAAUGCAAUUCUUCUUCUGAUGGUGGUUCAGUCCACAAUCCAUGGUACACGCAAGAACCUCUUUACUUGAAAUGGAAACAAUCUGAUUGCCUCAGCAAUUGCCGCUACUAUUGCAUGAUUGACAGAGAAAGAGAAAGACAAUCACUUGGUCUUGAACCUGUUAAAUAUCAUGGAAAAUGGCCUUUCACACGUGUACUGGGACUUCAGGAACCUGUUUCAGUGGCGCUAUCUAUCCUCAACCUCUUAAUGCAUUUCAGUGGUUGGCUUUCCUUUUACAUCCUUCUACAAUAUAAGCUUCCGCUAAAGCAAGAUGGAACUUAUUAUGAAUACACCAAUUUGUGGCAUAUCUAUGGCUUCCUAUCCCUUAAUUCUUGGUUCUGGAGUGCUGUUUUCCACAGCCGAGACAUUGAUUUAACAGAGAAGCUUGAUUACUCAUCUGCAGUGGCUAUACUUGGGUAUUCACUCAUUGUUUCAAUAAUGAGAAGUUUCCGUGUUCGAGAUGAGGCUGCUAGAGUCAUGGUGGCUGCUCCACUUCUGGCUUUCAUAGCCACUCACACAAUGUACCUGAACAACUACAAAAUGGAUUAUGGAUGGAACAUGCAAGUCUGUGUGGUCAUGGCUGUUGCUCAGCUUCUCAUAUGGGCAAUCUGGGCUGGUGUCUCUCAUCAUCCUUCGCGGUGGAAGCUGUGGUUUGUGGUCAUAGCUGGUGGACUUGCAAUGCUUUUGGAGAUAUAUGAUUUCCCACCUUACGAAGGAUUUGUUGAUGCACAUGCUCUUUGGCAUGCCAGCACCAUUCCCCUCACCUACCUGUGGUGGAGCUUCAUUAAGGAUGAUGCCGUAUACCGAACUGCUGAUCUUACAAAGAAGGUAAAGUGAGCAAAUCUCUUAUCAAACCAUUAAGAAUGUUGGCAUGGCAUUAUUCAGGAUCACGCGAUUGAUUCAAUUGUGCCAGUUGAUUCGAAUGGUGCUACUGGUUUUCUGUUUAUGGGGUUUGGUUGCAGAUGUGAGAUUCUUUAGUCAAGAAGGCUAUAAAUUUGAAGAGGCUCCUGAUGUUAAAUUAAGAAAUUAGUUAUGAAGGAUGAGCUUUGAGCCUGUAAUUUGCUAAUACCAGAUUUUAAUUUAUAGAUUUCUCAUUGGGAUUAAUGGUCUAACACUAAGUUCGCUAAUCUUCCAUUACUGAAUUCACAUACAGUUGUUUUUCAACAUUUGUUCGACUUGGUGAAAUACAUUUUCAGCUA